AUGGUCUACUAUGUUAGAUUCCUGAAAACCCCCAGAAUCCAGCAACAGAAAGGGGCCAUCUACAUCUCCGCUCUUAUCUGCAUCACCACUGAUCUAGGGGACUCUUUUCUUGCUGAAGAUGUUGAUUUGAUGGUGAUAGCUGAGAAUUCCUCUCGGGUUAUGUUUCAGAAAACGACAAAAUGGAAUGCCAGUAAUCGAGAACUUGCUAUUGCCCUGGGUCCUCUCCCAUCCAAUCUGGCCCAGCAGUCUAUGGUGUUGACGGUUAAAUUGCCGGACUCACCAGAAUAUGUCAUACCCGAGUAUUCCCCCAUACAAUUAGUGGUUGCUGCAACAAGUGCUCCAUUUGGGCCUCAUUCCACACCAGCAGAGAAGCUGGUUCAACGCCGCCUUCAAUACAGCGGCUGUGAACCAUUCCCCAUGGAAAUAUGGGAAGAGACAGGAAAUAGCAUUGCUCGACACAUAUGGGAUGCGGGCCUAGCAACAGUUACAUAUCUUCACCUGAUGUGUGAGGAUAUAAGGAAGACGGCCCGUAACGACAAGAACAAAGGCCCUGAACCUAAAAUACAAGCUUUGAAACAGGUCCUAUCCGUCUGCAACCGACCUAUCCAGGUAGUUGAGCUUGGGGCAGGAUGUGGGAUAGCGGGAAUUGCAUUGGCAUCAAUGCUCCCGAACUGUUCGGUAUUACUCACAGAUCUCCCUGAGGUUGAGGAGAUAAUAACACGCAAUAUGAAUGCUGCCCAACUCGCAACUAUGUCCAGUCUUCAUUAUCAAAAUCUCGACUGGGACGACCCACCGGAUGAGCUCUGCCCCCGGCCUAUUGACCUCAUUCUUGUCUCUGAUUGUACCUACAAUUCAGAUAGCUUGCCCGCGCUAGUCUCUACGCUUGACCGGAUGGUUCGGACCUCCCCAGAUGCAAUCGUCUUGGUAGCUCUGAAAAGACGACAUGACAGCGAAACGGUGUUUUUCGACUUGAUGCGCUCGGCGGGAUUUGCGGCGGUGCAGGACAACGUUGAAAUCCCUUCUCAGCACGAUGAGGCGGAUGAGAUUGAAUUUUACUGCUACAGUCGAUAA